CGCAUCUAUACACCUUUCUACACACCUGAAGCAUGCAACAACCAGGCCGGCUGAGGCUGAGGCCGUGGCUGGAGGAGCAGAUUCAGUCUGGGAGGUAUCCAGGAGUCAGUUGGCUGGACCAGUCAGCACAGAUUUUUCAAAUCCCGUGGAAGCAUGCAGCACGUCAUGGCUGGAGUAUUGACAGAGAUGCUACACUCUUCAGGAGUUGGGCCAUGCACACUGGACGAUAUCAUCCGGGUAAAGACAAACCAGAUCCCAAGACAUGGAAGGCGAAUUUCCGCUGUGCCUUAAAUUCUCUGCCUGACAUCUGUGAGCUGCAGGAGCACAGCAGGAAGAGAGGCAGCAAUGCCUACAGAGUCUACAGGAUGAUGCCCAGCACACAAACACACAGACGCAGGAGAGGGCUCCGGUUGUUCAGCAGGGCUCGAGAAAGACAGGCGAGUUUAGGUGAUGAUGCAUACACCACGCACACUUGGCAACCCACCACAGUGAGACCCAUUUCAGACACACCACAGAAGGUGGAGACCCAUACAGAAGACACAUUUGGACACACUGAAACACACGGGAUGUGGGAGGCCAAACCUGAAGACCAGGAGCAGAACGAGGCUGUGUUCAAGCUAAUGGACCACUUAAGCAAUGCUGACCUUUGGAACCAGACUGGGGAGCAGCGAGGAUGGAGAACACACACACUGUGGGACCACUGGCACUGUGCUGGUGAUGAUAACCCGUACUCUCUGCACACAGACAACUACAACGAUCUGCUUGGUCCAAACUACAUCAAGGAGCUCUCUGAUUGGUCCGCACAUCAGCAAACACUGGCGCUGUAGCUGUGCACCAAUAGCUUUAUCGGUUUUUGCUUUUCAUCUGUUUCCUGCUUUCUUGCUAACCUUCGACUGUCUUUCCCUCCUGCUGUCUGCUGAGCUGACCGCUGAAAAGUAGAAACAAGAGAGGAGGGAUCGGACAGAGAAUAUUGCUCUGUCAGUCAGUUGCGGUCAUCCUCUCUGCUGAGCAUGCUGAGAUGAAGAUCCUGUUCCAAGCCAAGCUUUACCUCUGUCAUCAUCACUUGGGUUCACUAUGGUUCAGUGCCUCAAACUCCCUGAAACGACACCAAGCUCACACCCCAGCGUACAGAGUAAACAGAUCUCAUUUCACUUCCGUGCAGGAUCAGUGAUUGCUCUGUGUCUUUGAGUUUAGCCAACAUACAGGGAAUGAAGUUCAGGACAUUUGGCUUUAACAGUUUGUAGGUUUGUGUUUAUAUGUGAGUGGAGUUCAAAACUCCCAUGUUUACUUAAAUUGCAAUACAUAUAUUUUUGUCUGUAUAUAUGUGUUUGAUUCAUUUCCCUUUAUGCCUUUGAUUUUACUACUUUUAUAAAUAAAGAUUUCUCCAAGAGAUGCUC